GAUAAGGCCUAACCCCCAAAUCACGUGGGCCGCUAUAUCCCGGCGAGAGCCGUCCUCUGCCUCGUAAUCAUACUUUACUUUCCGUUCGACGGCAGCCUCUACGCCGGAUUAGAGCUCGAGAGCUCCAUGGCGGCCGCGACGUCGUCCUCGUACCCUCCACCUCCUCCAUACUACCGUCUGUACAAGGACUAUCUUGAUGACCCGGAGUCUGCUCCAGAGCCUCCGCCGCCUGUCCAGGGGACUUACCCUCUCUUCGGGGCUUCCUAUACUACUGAUGUUGUGUUGCCGAGCUUGGAGGAUCAGGGAGUUCGUCAGCUUUACCCUAGAGGCCCAAAUAUCGAUUUUAAGCUGGAAUUAACAACACUCAAUAGGGAUCUUCAACUACACAUUUUGGAAUUAGCAGACAUUCUUGUCGAGAGGCCCUCACAAUAUGCACGCAGAGUGGAAGACAUCUCUCUCAUUUUCAAGAACUUGCACCACCUUUUAAAUUCAUUGCGUCCACACCAGGCCAGAGCGACACUUAUUCACAUUCUAGAACGUCAAAUACAACAACGCAAACAAGCAGUAGAGGAUAUAAAAAGGAGGAGAGAAGAGGCUCAGAGGCUUCUCAAGGAAGCACUGCAAACUUUGGAUGGCCAUGUGGCAUGAAGUGAGAGUAAGAAUCGUAUGGUCCUCUCACAUAGAGAAACGUUAUUGUUUUCCAUAUGACUGCUGUACCUGAGCUGAUGUUGAGGGAUUUGUCAUCUAAAUCUCAAGUUUAGCAUCUAAGUUUGCUGGUGAUCAUUCAUUAGAAGCUUAUGUUGACAGAUAAGCGCCACAAACUUUUAAACUUUUAUUUAUAUAAAAUGCCCAAUUCGAGUGGUUAGAGCCUUAGUUGAGGUUAUUGUUUACCUAGUGUGGUUGGUUGUUUUAUCUUGACCUGUCGUGUCUUCACGCGGGUCAUUGAAUAAGACUAUUCUAUUUGAGAAAGAUAAGUUCAUAUGAAUUUGAACUUUCAACU